AUGGGUCAGCAAGGCUCGACACCCGGCGGCGGCCGCGCAGGAGCAGGCAAGGAUGGUCAGAAGAAGGAUGAGAAGAAGAAGUGGGAGCCGCCCAUCCCCACGCGAGUGGGCAAGAAGGCCAAGAGAGGCAAGGGCGGAAUGGACAGCAUCAAUCGAUUGCCUGCCGUGUCACCUACCACUCGCUGUCGCCUGAAGCUACUCAAGCUAGAGAGAAUCAAGGAUUAUCUGCUCAUGGAGGAUGAAUUUGUUCAGAAUCAGGAGCGUCUCAUACCCAGUCUGGCUUCAUCGAGUGACGCCAAUGCGACAAGUGGCGAGGGUGACGCGUCAGGCGCGGCGAGCGGCGACAAGUCUGUUGUCGACAAGACAAAGGACGAGCGUAGCAAGGUCGAAGAUCUCAGAGGGAGCCCGAUGGGAGUGGGCACGCUGGAAGAGAUCAUCGAUGACGAACACGCUAUCGUCUCGAGUGCGACGGGCCCAGAGUACUAUGUCGCCAUCAUGAGCUUUGUAGACAAGGAUGCUCUCGAGCCAGGCUCAUCCGUUCUGCUACACCACAAGACGAUGGCCAUCAUCGGCGUGCUCGCAGACGAUACCGAUCCCAGCGUUAGCAUCAUGAAGAUGGACAAGGCGCCAACGGAGUCAUAUGCGGACAUUGGUGGGCUUGCUCAACAAAUACAAGAGAUCAAAGAAUCUGUCGAACUGCCGCUGUCUUCGCCAGAGCUCUACGAAGAGAUGGGCAUCAAGCCGCCCAAGGGCGUCAUCCUCUACGGAGCCCCGGGAACGGGCAAGACUCUGCUGGCAAAGGCCGUAGCCAAUCAGACGAGCGCGACGUUCCUGCGCAUCGUCGGCUCAGAGCUCAUCCAGAAGUACCUCGGUGACGGUCCCAAGCUUGUGAGGGAGCUCUUCAAGACGGCUUCCGAGAAUGCGCCUUCUAUCAUCUUUAUCGAUGAGAUCGAUGCAGUCGGCACAAAGAGAUAUGACUCUAAUUCCGGCGGUGAGAGGGAAAUUCAGCGUACUAUGCUCGAGUUACUCAAUCAGCUGGACGGCUUCGACGAUCGUGGGGAUGUCAAGGUCAUCAUGGCGACCAAUCGAAUCGAGACGCUCGAUCCUGCGCUCAUUCGCCCUGGUCGCAUCGACCGCAAGAUCGAAUUCCCGCUACCCGAUGCCACGACGAAGCGCCACAUCUUCAAGCUACACACAUCUCGCAUGUCACUCGCGCCCGAUGUCGACCUAGAGGAAUACAUCGGUCAGAAGGACGAGCUAUCGGGAGCAGAUAUCAAAGCAGUUUGCACAGAAGCAGGUCUGCUUGCGCUGCGAGAACGACGCAUGCAAGUGACGAAGAAAGACUUUGACGCCGCAAGAGAACGUGUACUCGAUAGAAAGAAGGAAGGCACGCCGGAAGGCCUCUACCUAUGA